AUUGGCUGCGCAUGCGGUGUCGUCUGGCGAGAGCGGAAGUGGUUGAUUUUGUCUUAGGAGUUAAAAGGGUCGGUUCCUGCAGUAACUUAUUGUGCGUUGCCAAAAAUGUCCGGACAACCUCAUUUAGCUAAGCAGAGUUUAGUGGAUUUGGACAUCGGAAAGCUGCACCCACUGUCACCUGAGGUUAUUAGCAGGCAGGCGACCAUCAAUGUAGGUACAAUCGGCCACGUGGCCCACGGCAAGUCAACCAUCGUCAAAGCUCUGUCGGGCGUGCAGACGGUGCGCUUCAAAAACGAGCUGGUGCGCAACAUCACCAUCAAGCUGGGUUAUGCAAAUGCGAAGGUGUUUAAGUGCGACAAUGAAAAGUGCCCGCGUCCCACGUGCUACAUAGCUGCCGGCUCCUCCAAAGAGGACAGCUUCGUAUGCAGCCGACAAGCCUGUAAUGGACACUUCCGCCUGAUCCGGCACGUCUCGUUCGUCGACUGUCCCGGCCACGACAUCCUCAUGGCCACCAUGCUGAACGGCGCCGCCGUUAUGGACGCCGCCUUCCUGCUGAUCGCCGGGAACGAGUCGUGUCCGCAACCACAGACCUCCGAGCAUCUGGCCGCCAUCGAAAUCAUGAAGCUGCGCCACAUCCUCAUCCUGCAGAACAAGAUCGAUCUCGUCAAAGAGACGCAGGCGAAGGAACAGUACGAGCAAAUCCUCAAGUUCGUGCACGGUACGGUGGCCGAGAACGCGCCCGUCAUCCCCAUCUCGGCGCAGCUCAAGUACAACAUCGAGGUGAUCUGCGAGUACAUCGUGAAGAAGAUCCCGGUGCCGGUGCGCGACUUCCUGUCGGCGCCGCGGCUCAUCGUCAUUCGCUCGUUCGACGUCAACAAGCCGGGCUGCGAGGUGGACGACCUGAAGGGCGGUGUGGCCGGCGGCUCCAUCCUGCGCGGCGUGCUCAAGGUGGGCCAGGAGAUCGAGGUGCGGCCGGGCAUCGUGGAGAAGACCCAGGACGGCAAACUGAGCUGCCGCCCCAUCUUCUCGCGCAUCCUCUCCCUGUUCGCCGAACAGAACGACCUGCAGUUUGCUGUGCCCGGCGGUCUGAUUGGCGUGGGUACCAAGAUUGACCCGACACUGUGCCGCGCCGACCGGAUGGUGGGUCACGUGCUGGGUGCUGUGGGCGUCCUGCCCGACAUCUUCACCGAGCUCGAAAUCUCACUCUUUCUGCUUCGCCGGCUGCUCGGAGUCCGCACCGAAGGAGACAAAAAGGGAGCCAGG